AUGGAGCAGAACGCCACCCUGAUGCAGCAAAAUCAGGCAGCUAUGCAGAGUCUGGACGCUUCUCGAUCCAACUCUGAGGCGACGCAGCGGCAGUUAAUGGAGAUAUUGGCUGCAACUAGGGGCGCGGCUGGAGCGUCCUCUUCUAACGCUGCCCCUCCUACUACUGAGUGGAGUUUGGAGAGUUUUCUCCAACACCAUCCGGCCAAGUUCAAUGGGAAGGGUCUUCCGGAUGAAGCGGAUCAGUGGCUCAGGGAUAUGGAGCGGAUUUACAAUGCUAAGAGGUGCCCGAACGACAACCGCUUAGCAUUUACUGAAUACUUGCUGGCUGGUGAAGCAAGUCACUGGUGGACGAGCAUGAGGGCGAUUUUGACGGACGCUCAUAGUCUUGUGAAUUGGGCAGUUUUCAGGACGAAAUUCUACGAAGAGUACUUCCCGGACAGCGUACGUUAUGCUAAAGAAGUGGAGUUUUUACAGUUGGUGCAAGGGGGAAUGUCGGUAUCAGAAUAUACUAAUAGGUUCAAGCAUUUGGUCCGUUUUAAUACCAUGGCUACGAGCGAAGAAUGGCAAUGCAGGAAGUUCGAAAACGGGCUGAGGAGCGACUUGAAGGUAUUGAUAUCCAGCCUGUGCAUUAGAUCAUUUCCCGCCAUGGUUGAGAGAGCAAAGGUACUGGAGAAGAACGUUGCUGAGGCCGAGCAACAGAAGAAGCAUCAGUUGAGCAGGGGGCCGGUGUUAGCAAGAAACAAUUCUACUGUAAGACGACCCCCGUACGUUCGUCCAGGCCAAUCCUCUGGGGGAUCGCAAGCUGUGGCUACUGUCGGCCAGUCUGGACAGUCAAGAAGUUUGGCAUGUUUCCAGUGUGGAGGACCGCAUCUUAGGUGGGCUUGUCCUCAACUGAAUGGGGGAAAAUACUGCACUAAAUGCAGAAGGAGUGGACACUCGGAUCAGGAGUGUAAUAUGGGAGGCCGUGCGGUAUCAAGACCGCCGAAUGCUGGAAGAGCCCAACAAGGAAGAGGUGGACGUGCGCAAGCUACAGGGAGAGUUUAUGCAAUUACUGGUGCUGAAGCUGCUCGUUCAGCGGCUGGUGGGAUCAAGACGUCUACAGUUUGUGUAAGAUGUCCUAUAGAAGUUGAGGGGCGUAGAUAUAAGGUCAAUCUCAUUUGCUUACCCCUUCAAGACUUAGAAGUAAUUUUAGGGAUGGAUUGGUUGGCUACCAAUCGGAUUCUCAUUGAUUGUGGGAAGAAGGAGUUAGUCUUCCCAGGUGAAGAAGAGGAGGAGUUAUCUGUUGAUCGCGGUCAGUUGAAGGAGGACAUCAUGGAAGGAGCGAGCUGUUUUCUGAUCAUGACGUAUGAAGACAACGAAGUGGAGCGUUCGUCCAAUGAUGAGAACAGUGGAGGACGAACGGUAGUGGAUGACUUUCCGGACGUCUUUCCGGAUGAAGUCCCUGGUCUACCUCCCGUUCGUGAGGUCGAAUUCACGAUCGACCUGGUGACAACUGCUGCACCCAUCUCGGUUCAACCUUAUAGGAUGGCACCAGCCGAGUUGGCCGAGCUAAAAAUGCAGAUUGAAGAAUUGAUGGAUAAGAAGUUCAUCAGGCCGAGCGUUUCACCAUGGGGAGCACCUGUGUUGCUGGUCAAGAAGAAGGAUGGCAGCUCUCGGCUCUGCAUUGAUUAUAGGCAACUUAAUAAGCUGACUAUCAAGAACAAGUAUCCACUGCCAAGGAUAGACGACCUACUGGAUCAGUUGCAAGGUGCGUACGUAUUUUCAAAGAUUGAUCUACGUUCGGGCUAUCAUCAAAUUAGAGUGAAGGAGGGAGAUAUUCAUAAGACUGCAUUUCGGUCUCGUUAUGGUCAUUAUGAAUACGUGGUGAUGCCCUUUGGAGUGACGAACGCACCUGCAAUCUUCAUGGAUUACAUGAACAGAAUUUUUAGACCGUACCUGGAUAAGUUUGUUGUAGUAUUCAUUGACGACAUCCUCAUUUACUCCAAGAGCUUUGACGAACAUGACGACCACUUGAGGAUCGUCUUAAGCGUGUUGAGGGAAAAAGAAUUGUAUGCCAAGCGUUCGAAGUGUGAAUUCUGA